AUGCUAAAACGUAAAGGCAAAGAAAACACUACUUCUAAUGAACAAGUCACAUAUCGUGAGCGUGACAGUCUAAGACAUCGUGAAAAAAAAAGGCUAGAAACAGCUAAAGAACGAAGCAAAUGUUUAGCAAAAGCACGCGAACAUAU